GACUCCUGGCGGAGUAGAGUGAUACGAGACCUCGAUGCGUCGAUUUCCAAGAAUAUUCCCACAUACUUUUAUAAGGAAAAGUAUCCUAACCAGUUCAGAUACUUGGCUAUUACUAGCAGUAGUGGUGAGACGAAUAGUCCUGAGAGCAUGGGAAUUAUCCACAUCCAUACUACAAAAGUAGAGAAAAAAAGUUGGUCAUCCUCACCGUGCAGAUAUUCCUGCAGAACUUGAGAGGAGUCACCGCCAUCUUCGCCACGCCAACUCCCUUGUAGCUUCUUCAUCUUGUGCCAUCCAGUUUCUUCGUCCGUAGCGACUGGAGAUAACACAGAAGGAUAACAAAUCAUUAUAAUGGACCUUUCAAAGCCCGUCGAUGUCGCAUUCACCAAGGCGCUACCCAAAAUCGAGGUCCACGCUCAUCUGAGCGGUAGCAUCAGCCGCCAAUGUCUCCAUGAGAUCUGGCUAAAGAAGAAAGCCCAAAAUCCCGACUUUGACGUCGAAGAUCCCCUGGUAGUCAUGCCACCAGGAAAAGUCGACUACUCUCUUCAGACGUACCGAACCAUCCCAUCGCACAAGAUGCAUAGCUUCUUCUCCGUUUUCUCCAAAUCCAUCUACCAACUCUGCAACGACCUCGACUCCCUCGCCUACGCCACCAACUCCGUCCUACAAGAGUUCCUCGCCGACGGCGUCCGCUACCUCGAACUCCGCACCAUCCCCCGCGCCUCGCCCACCCUCGCCUUCACCCGCACAGAAUACCUCACCACCGUCCUCACCACCAUCGAAACUUUUUUGUCAGUUCACUCCUCCCAAAUCUCAGUCUACCUCAUCCUCGCCAUCGACCGCGGCAACAACACCGCCGCCGACGCCCUCUCCAUCGUCGACCUCGCCAUCGCGCACCGCCCCCGCGUCGUCGGCGUCGAUAUCUGCGGCAACCCCACGAAAGGCGACGUCGCGCUCUACGGCCCCGCCCUCGCCAAAGCCAAGGCCCACGGCCUAGGCAUCACCGUGCACUUCGCCGAGACGGAGACGUCCGGCUCGGAGAGGGAAUUAAGCACGCUGUUAUCGUUCCGGCCGGACCGUGUGGGCCAUGUCAUCCAUGUGUCUGAGGACUUCAAGCGCGAGAUUGCGCGCCGGCGGCUGGGGCUCGAGCUGUGCAUGUCGUGUAAUACGGACGAUAUGGGCUUUUUCUGUAGUCCUGUCUCGAAUGAGUAUCUCCUGGCGGCGGAGCACUUUCAGCUUGGCAGAGCGGAGCUGCUUGCGUUGUGUCGCGAGAGCGUGGAUGGGCUUUUGCUGGAUUUUGAGGAUACGUAUACCGUGUAG